UUGGAUGGCACGUCCCAAUCCUCAUCAGCGGUUGAUUAAAGCGGUGGGGGCAGGGAUCAAACGCGGCGCAUCUCCAACGGUCCUGUUCCUGUGUGUGUGUUGGUGUGUGUGUGUGUCUGUUGGCUUAGCCCACACACAGUAGCAGCAGCAGCAGUAGCAGCAGCAGCAGCAUCAGCAGCAGAACACCGAGGAAACAAGCUUAGCCGGGACAGAGUAGAGCAGCAGGAAAGAUGGCCGGACCGUCCGUGGAAGCUGUGAAAAAGAAAAUCAAGUCUCUGCAGGAUAAGGCCGAUGACGCGGAGGACCGGGCGGCGUCGCUGCAGCGGGAUCUGAACCAGGAGAGGCGGGCGAGGGAGGCUGCUGAGGGCGAUGUGGCCUCCCUGAACAGACGUAUUCAGCUGGUUGAGGAAGAGUUGGACCGUGCUCAGGAGCGUCUGGCCACAGCUCUGACCAAGCUGGAGGAGGCUGAGAAGGCUGCAGAUGAGAGCGAGAGAGGCAUGAAGGUUAUUGAGAACAGAGCCAUGAAGGAUGAGGAGAAGAUGGAACUGCAGGAGAUCCAGUUGAAGGAGGCCAAACACAUUGCUGAGGAGGCUGACCGCAAAUAUGAGGAGGUGGCCCGUAAGUUGGUGAUCAUUGAGAGCGACUUAGAACGUACAGAGGAGCGCGCUGAGCUGUCUGAGAGCAAAUGCUCUGAACUUGAGGAGGAGCUGAAGACCGUGCAGAACAACCUGAAGUCUCUGGAGGCCCAGGCAGAGAAGUACUCACAGAAGGAGGACAAGUACGAGGAGGAGAUCAAGGUGCUCACAGACAAGCUGAAGGAGGCUGAGACCCGUGCUGAGUUUGCUGAGAGAUCAGUGGCCAAGCUGGAGAAGACCAUCGAUGACCUUGAGGAUAAACUCAAAAGUGCUAAAGAAGAAAACCGGAACAAAAAACUGCUGCUGGAUCAGACUCUAAAGGAGAUAUUUAACCUAUAACCCAACUGUGUUUCACUCCACACAUUGCCUCGUCUGCUCUGAAUAUGGCUGCUCCAGUUUAUGUGUAAUAUUGUUUCUGUGUUUCCUGACCUUCAUCACCCUGAAGCUCCAGAUUAGGUAGCACAGCUUCUGAAGCUGCAGUCCAACUACACUGUUUUGUUCCAUGUGCUGACAUUAAGAUGUCAUGUCAAAAAGAUUUCCCAUGUGGAGACUUGCACUGCACAUAUCCAUCAUGAACAAAGCCAUACAUUGAGCUGAUGGGUUCCAUGAAAAGGGAUUUUUUUAUUAUGCAUUCUGUAAAAAGAAAUAUGUCCAUCAUGUAUUUUUUUUCUUUUUUUGUAUUGUGAACCUGUUCAGUGACACUGAUGUUAAAUUAAAUUAGUCCAACAGAGACCGAUUAAAAAGAAAUGUCCUCUGUAUUCACUGUACAUGUUUAGACAACACUUCAUUUCACAUUUUUUCCCAUUUUAUCUUGGAAAUGUAAAAUCAUAAAUAAAUGUUUCAAAUAUAA